UUGGGGUCAGAGGAUCUCAAAAUAGAUGUUUUGAUAGAAAAAUUAUUGAAUAAUAAAAAUUUUGAUCGUUUAGUGGAAACUAUCGCUGAAAAAAUUGCUCAGAAAAUAAAUCACUGUGAUAAAGUAACGUCGAGAGUUGAAUUUAAAGAAAACAGUCAAGAUCCUAUAAAGAGAAGAGCACACAAACGAAAAGACACCGAAGAAAAUAAAUUGGUCACAGAAAACAAGCUGAUGUUGAAGUACAAACUGUUUACAAAGAACUUUGACGUUGACGGCAGACGUUCAGGAAGCGAGAGUCGGAACCACGGCUUAUUGUUAGACUUGAAUUAA